GUUGUGUCGUCUUCUUAGAAAAUACCAAAUUGGCUUAAAGAGAAACUUAGGGUUUGUUGGGUAAUCGACAUGGCUCCAAAAACAAGCGACGGGGAGGUGAAUGAUGGAUCUUCGAGGGACCCAGAAGUGACGGAGCCCAUGGAAACUUCCACAGGCGUUGUGUUGUCGUUACUGGGGAAGCGCAAGGCCGAAACUAACGAAUCCGGUGAAAGCGAGCAAACAGCUGACGAUGAAAGUGUCGAAGACAAAUUAGACGAGGAAAGCGACGGAGAAGAAAACGAAUUAGACGAGGAAGGUGAGGAAGAAGAAUUAGACGAGGAAGAAGAAUUAGAUGAGGAAGGUGACGGAGAGAGUUACAAGAAUAAGAAUAAGGAGCCCGAAUGGGGUUAUGAUAGCUUUGAGGGCCGGGAAGAUGAUUCCGCUAAUCUGAGGGAGUAUUCAGACAAGGAGUUUGAGGAGCAGUGCCGUCACUAUAAACGCAAGCUCAUCGAAACCAAGGGUUUCUUUGAGACAUCAGACAAAUUCCCUCCUUACGUUUAUUCUGGAGUUGCUUCGCUCGGAGAUCUGGACCAGCCAGCUAUGUUAGGCCUUACCAUCCGUGAGGUCUGCGAAAAGUUGACAUCUCUAUGUCUCCAACGAUACAACCGUGAUGAGGCAAGUUGUUCCCUCUUUUUUUUGUUGUACUAGUUUUCU